UUCCAGCUGAACUACAUCGCGGCAGACGGUUACCAUGGCGCCUAAUCAUUACUUCGCCUUUAACGCAGGACUGAUGGACAUGUACCCCAUUCGAGUGGAUCGGGACAGCCUGGCGCAGACGUGGCCCGUGGCGCUCCUGCUCGCGGCCUUCGUCGUCCUGCUGGCCGUCGUCGUCCUGCUCGUGUGGGGGAUGACCAAGAUGGCACCGCUGGCUCCCGUUGAAAGAGAGCGGGAGGCGCCGUCGGCAAGAACGCCGCUCUUGGUCUCCCAAGGAAAGGGUCUGCGGUACAUGCAGCAGCGGUCCUGCGCCUCCCUCACGGCCGGGGAAAUCCACGUCAAUGCAGACUUGGAAUGGGACUCCUUCAUCAUGCAAGAUUAAGUCUAGCACUUCGUCAAGUUUGCCACGCUAAAAUAAAAUUGUAAAGCUUUUGUUUUUUAUUUUGAUUUACAGCUAUUUGUAAAUGACUGACCUGCAUUUACGAUUCACGAAAUAAACAUGUAUAAUAAGACAAAUUAUUGUUAGAUAUUUUUACACAAAUGACCUCACUAACAGGUCAUGACCCUGAGGUGCUGAACAGUUCCUCAAAAAAUACCAAGUAUGCUUCCUUCCUUAUUCCUUUUGAUUCACAGCCAUGUGUAAAUGGCUGGCCUGUA